AUGAAUGGCCAAGAAAAAGUAGUAUAAGUAGCAAAUCUGAUGAAAGAAUAACACUUAGGAACAGUUAUAAUUACCAAAGACAACUGCCAUUAUUUUUAAUACAAACAUUUGAAAAGUGGUGGUUUGUUUCCCGAGCAUAAGAUUUCAAAGCCUCACAAUUUAGAGUUUAACCCAUAGCACUAAUAUGAUGCUAUAAACACUCCAAAUUAUAUAUGCUUUCAAAAAAUGGAUAGUGUAUCAUUUGAUUAUAUGUGGACAACAGAUUAUAUUCUAGAUUUGAACUAAUUUUAGAAAGUACAGCUUAAAGAUUAAUAUCACAGUAUCAAUUAAAAUCCUAACGUUUAUCUUUAUGAGAACAUUUUAGAUCUCUAAUUAUCUCUGGGUGUAAUAGAUGAUUUUGAGUAUGGAGAUGAUUCUUAUUCAUAAGAUCCUAUGUUUUUAGGUGAGGAUAGAUUAGAGUUAUUUAAGAUAGAAUAAAGGCUAUUCCAUUUUAAUGAAGAAUAGAAAGAUAGAAAAGAGAUUUUUAAUUCAACCAACUUAAAGUCUACAGUACAUUUUCUAGGAUUAGUUAAUGGUUAAUUAAAAGAUUACUAAACACGAGAUGAUUUUUUUUUCAGGCACUACCCAAUGCUAAUGGAUAUGAAACAGGAAUAAAUUUCAGGUUUAAUCAAAGAUCUAUCACUAUUGAAGAUCUCAACGCUUAUGAAUCAUAGGUUUUCUGAGGAAUCUCAGUAUAUGUACUUUACUAAAGUAACAGAUAGCCAUACAUGGAUGAUUUUUAGUGAGAAAAGAGCCUUAUUCUUGGGAUUUGUUAACAAGAAAAAUAAGUAAAAAUUGCUUAAGAUUAAAUUAAGGGAUCUAGUCCAAGUAAAUGAUGAAAAAUAUUACUUUUAACUUUCAGAUGAUUUAAAUUAACUAUUUAUCUCAAGUAAUGGUUAAGGCUCAAUCAAAAUCUUAAAUGAUUAAAGCAACUCAUUCGUAAAUGCAUUUGGAACUGCAAAUUCCCAAGAUCUUACUAAGUAUUCAGAUUUGAUAAAGAUAUUUAAGUUUACUGGAUCGCAAUUGAUUAGUUUAGCGUACAGAUACAACGCUUUAUAUCUUGAAGAAUAUCUUUAUGAACCUCUUUCAUAAUCAUAUGAGAUAGUAAAAUCGUUAGAUAUAACAUACAACACCUUUUCUAGAUUGAUAGAUGAAUUAGAAUAGGAUAAAAAUCAAGCAAAUAAAGUUAAGAAUUUCGAUGAAGACUCCUCACUUAUCUAUAAAGAUUAGUAUCUCCUGAUAAAUUUAAAAUAUGAAGUCCAAAUCUAUCUAGUCUAAGAUUUUAAGUAUUUAGGAGCAUUGCAGUUUAGCAGAGCCAAUUUUUUCGACAAGUUUAGAAUUUCCAAUAAUAAAGACUAGCUAUUGCUAUUGUUAGAAACUAGUGAUAAAACUUAAUAGAAUGAAGUUACUAAAUAUGUAUAGAUAUUUGAAGGAUUCAUUGAAUCCUUUUAGAGAAUUAACCCUAAUAAAGUAGUAUUAAAGUAUGUAAUGAAAGAAGAAUUAAUAUAGUUUACAGAUUUCAAUGAUAGGAGUUUUAGUUAUAUCAGUUUCAAAUACAAUCUAGAGAAAUAACUUGAAAUUUUGCAAUUUGCAUACAACUAAGAUGAUACAGCUUUGAUCGAAUAAAUAAGAAAUUUUAGUCUUGAAGAUUUAACAUACUAUAUUAGUAAUUAUCAUGGAACACUGAUGCAUUAGUUGAUUUCAAGAUAAGAUUCAAUCUAUGAAGUCAUUAUUCAAAGAUUUUAUUAGUUGCAGAUUAAGAGGAUUCCCUAAAUAUUCAUUCUUAAUACUUAAGGCUUAACUGCUUUUGAUUAUGCCAUUUACAAGAAUGAAUACAAAGUCAUCUUAAUGAUGCUAGAAAUGGUGAUCAAGUUCUAGAACAACUUCCUAAAUAAUCAUGUAGUUGACAAAAAUAUCUUGUACUUGCUUGAAAGUGGAGUUGAUAUGAGAGAUUACUUCUCAAGUAAGUUGCCUUAUACUAGAAUAGAAACUAAAAACUAUCCUAUUUAUUCAACUUCAGAUGCAGAAAUUUACAUGUCAAAAUUUGAUUAAUAGUUAAGUCUUUCUUCGAUCUGCAACAGUUAUAGCAAAAUAUUUGGGUAAAUCAAUGAAAGCAUUAAAGGCCCAUCUUACUAAAUAGAAUAUAUAUUAGUGAAUAUCCCAGAGACUCUUACAAACGCUAAAUUUAUCGAGCUUCUCUAAGAAAGUGAUAAUCUUGACUUAUUCGACUGUGAGAUAAUUUAGUUCAUUCUUGAUUUCAAAUGGCAAAUGUAUGCCUAAAAGUUUUUUAGAGGAAAUUUCAUGCUUUACAUGAUUUUCAUGACAUCCUUCCUGAUCGACUUAUAUUUCUUUGUAACUUAGAAGAGUAAUAGAUCGAGGGGGACUUAAUUCAUAUUGAAACUAGUGUGUUAUGUUUACUUGAUAUAUUCAAUCUAUUAUGAGGCAAAAACCUAUAUAAAAUAAGGCUGGCAAAACUAUUUCAAUGAGUUAUGGAGUUAUGUAGAUAUUAUAGUAGUUAUUCUUUAUAUCGUUUACUCUGUGCUAGAUCUAAUGAAUAAAUAUGAAGAGAUAGUUGUUAUAUUCUACUCUUUGACACUAAUUGCAUCUUUUAUCAAGCUUUUUUCAUUUUUAAGAAUUUUCAAGGGAUUCAGCUUUUAAGUCUCAAUGCUAAAGGCAGUGUUCAUUGAUUUGAGAUAUUUUAUUGCUUUAUAUGCUUUUGUAAUUGUUUUAUAUGCGUUAAUAUUUACUCUGCUUGAGAUUAAAACAAGCGAUGAGGAUGUUGAAUACGAUGGAAUAAGUUUGUUUGGAUAUUUCAUAAUGGCUUUUAGAGCUUCAACAGGGGAUUUCUAAAUUGAUAAUUACUAUCAACUUGACAAGCACCACAUUUAGUUUGCAUGGGUUAUUUGGAUUAGUGCCGUAUUGAUUUUGAAUAUUAUUUUACUCAACUUCAUUAUUGCUGUAAUAUCUGAAUCCUAUGAAAAGAUUAUGUAGAAAAUGGUUGCUCAAUCCUACUUUAUCAAGUGCUAGCUGAUUUAUGAGUGUGAAUUGAAUUACAAUUAAUAUGGAUCUAAUAAUGAAUAAUUUCCCAGAUACUUUAUUUUGAGAAGACCAAUGAGGGGUUCUCAUGAAGAAAAAUAGGAAUGGUAAGGUUUUGUUAAAGAUAUCAAGAAAACUAUUGAUAAGACAAAAUAAUUGUUAUUGGAAGAGUAGAAAGAGAUAAAAUUGAGCAUUUAUAACACUCAAGAUUAAAUAGCACAAAAUCAGGCAUAGAUGUUAAAUUUCUAGCAGGAAAUACUUAAAAAGAUGGAAAUCUUAGAAUAGAAGUAUGAACAGAAUUAAAUUUGA